UCCAACGUGUGUGUUUACAGAGAUGGAACUAGACGUGUCUGUGGUUUUGCAGGUUCUCUCUCAGGCGUGCAGUCAGGACUCGGUUCUCCUCAAGCCAGCAGAGGAGCAGCUGAGACAGUGGGAAACACAACCAGGCUUCUACUCUACACUACAGAGCAUCUUCAAUAAUCAGGUGCUGGAUGUGAACGUGCGCUGGCUGGCUGUGCUCUACUUUAAAAACGGGAUCGACCGCUACUGGAGGAGAGGAGCGCCCAACGCCAUCUCAGAGGAGGAGAAAACGUCUCUCCGGGCAGGACUCAUCACCAACUUCAACGAACCCGUCAACCAGAUAGCCACUCAGAUAGCGGUGCUGAUAGCGAAGGUGGCGAGGCUGGACUGUCCCCGUCAGUGGCCCGAGCUCGUCCCCGUCCUGCUGCAGGCCAUAAAGCAUCAGGAGGGUCUGAACCAGCACCGCGCCCUGCUCACCCUCAGUCACGUCAUCAAAACCCUGUCAUCUAAACGCCUGAGCUCUGACCGCGCCCUCUUCCAGCACUUAACCUCCAAUAUCUACAGUUUUGCAUGUUCUCUGUGGAAUCAUCACACCGAUUCGUUCCUGCAGCAGAUCCACAGUGGAGAAUCACAUUCAGCCCUCAGCACACUGGAACAUGCACUGCUGUCACUGAAAGUUCUGAGGAAGUUGACGGUUUAUGGUUUUGUGGAACCUCAUCAGAACCCCGAGGUGAUGAAUUUUCUCAGCUCGGUGUUUGAGAGGAUCGGACAGUAUUUACAGAGCUGUCAGCGUGUGGGUGAGGGUCACGUCUGCAGAGAGAAGCUGGAGAAGAUCAUCGUCCUCUACACCAAAGUCCUGUUGGAUUUUUUGGAGACGCACCCGUACUCGUUUAUUCCUCUGAUCCGGCGCUCUCUGGAGUUCUGCGUCUCCUUCAUCUUCACUGAGCAGGGAGACGGUCUGAUCUUCGAGCGCUUCAUUGUUCAGUGCAUGAACCUCAUCAAGAUGAUCAUCAAAAACGAUUCCUACAGGACCGCCAAAAACAUCGAGGACAGUAAAGCGGAGAAUCUGGAGGCUCAUGGAAUUAAAUCAUCAUUCUUCACUCACGCCACUCUCACCGAGAUCUGCAAGAGACUCGUCUCCAAGUACUUCCUGUUAACACAGGAAGAGCUCAGCAUGUGGGAGGAGGAUCCAGAAAGCUUUGCUGUGGAAGAAGGUGGAGGAGAUUCAUGGAAGUACAGUCUGAGGCCGUGUACGGAGGUUUUAUUCCUGGAUAUUUUCCACAGCUACAGUCAGACCCUGACGCCGGUCCUGCUCGACAUGCUGCACACUUUACAGGGUGUGAGUAACACAGAUGAUCUGAUGCAACUACUCAUCAAAGAUUCAGUGUAUAAUGCGGUGGGAUUGGCGGCGUUCGAGCUCUUUGACAGCGUGGAUUUCGAUCAGUGGUUCAACAAUCAACUUCUGCUAGAACUGCAGUUCAACCACAACAGGUAUAAGCUGAUCAGGAGGAGAGUGAUCUGGUUGAUCGGACAGUGGAUCUCGGUGAAGUUUAAGCCUGAGCUGCGCCCCCUGCUGUACGAGGUGAUUCUCAACCUCAUGCAGGACCCCGACCUGGUGGUUCGAAUAGAGACGGCGACCACGCUGAAGCUCGCUGUGGAUGAUUUUGAGUUCAGGACGGAGCAGUUCCUCCCGUACCUGGAGUCGAUCUUUGCGCUGCUGUUCCAGUUACUGCAGCAGGUGAAUGAGUGUGAUACCAAGAUGCAGAUUCUCCACGUCAUUUCCUGCGUCAUAGAGCGAGUCGGCAUGCAGAUCCGUCCAUAUGUGGGCUGCCUGGUUCAGUAUCUCCCUCUUCUGUGGAAACAGUCAGAAGAACACAACAUGCUGCGCUGCGCCAUCCUCACCACCCUCAUCCACCUGGUACAGGGUUUGGGAGCGGAGAGCAGGAACUUGUACCCGUUUCUCCUUCCUGUUAUUCAGCUCAGCACUGAUGUGUCCCAGCCCCCCCACGUCUACCUGCUGGAGGACGGCCUGGAACUCUGGUUGGUAACUUUAGAGAACAGUCCAGCUUUGACUCCAGAACUGCUCAGAAUUUUCCAGAACAUGUCGGCUCUGCUCGAGAUGAGCACGGAGAACGUGAAAACGUGUUUCCAGAUCGUCAACUCGUACAUCUACCUCUCAUCUACUGACUUCCUACAGAAUUACGGUGAAACUCUGUGUAGAUCCUUCUGUGAGUUCUUAAAGGACAUCACUGCUGAGGGACAGGUGCAAGUGCUGAAGGUGGUGGAAAUGGCGUUGAAAGUGAGUCCUGUUCUGGCGUCUCACGUCUUCCAUCCUCUCCUACCUGCUGUGUUCAGAGGAAUCAUGGAUGGAGAGAGGUAUCCGGUGGUGAUGUCUGCGUAUCUGGGCAUCAUGGGUCGAGUUCUCCUGCAGAACUCUAUUUUCUUCUCGUCUCUGCUCUCACAGAUGGCGGCCGAGACCCAACAGGAGAUGGAUCAGUCGCUGGGGGGUCUGAUCGAGAUGUGGGUGGAUCGGAUGGACAACAUCACCCAGCCUGAGAGGAGGAAAGUGUCGGCGCUAGCUCUGCUCUCGCUACUGCCUUCUGAUAACAGUGUGCUUCAGGAUAAGUUCUGUGGAAUCAUUAAUAUUUGUGUGGAGUCUCUACACGACGUCAUGACCGAAGACCCAGAAACCAGCACCUUCAGAGACUGUAUGUUGAUGAGUGGGGGCGUGGAGGAGGAACACAAACUCUCCGAUAAUGAAGAACCUCCGACAGAACAGGAUAAGAGGAAGAAGCUGUUGGCGUUGGAGGACCCGGUACACACCGUCUCACUGCAGCAGUAUGUGUACGAGAAGCUGAAGCUACAGCAGAGCAUGAUGGGAGAUCUGAACUUUCAGUCCCUGAUGGAGACCGUCGAUACGGAGGUGGUCCGGCAGCUACAGGAGUUCUUACACGGACUGUAAACGUCAAAUAACAACAAACAACAACAGACAGCAUAAAAUAACAUCAAACAACAUCAAAUAACAUCAAACAAAACGUCAAAUAACAAACAAAACAUCGAACAACAUCAAAGAAAACAUCAAAUAACAUCAAACAAAACAUCAAACACUAUCAGACAGCUACAGGAGUUCUUACACAGACUGUAAACAUCAAAUAACAACAAACAAAACAUCAAACAACAUCAAAUAAAACAUCAAAUAACAUUAAACAAAACAUCAAACACCAUCGGACAACUACAGGAAUUCUUACACGGACUGUAAACGUCAAAUAACAUCAAAUAACAACAAACAACGUCAAACAAAACAUCAAAUAAAACAUCUAAUAAACAUCAAACAAAACAUUAUCGGACAUCUUCAGGAACUCUUUACCUGGACUGUAAACAUCAAAUAACAUCAAAUAAAAUAUUAAACAACAUUGGACAGGUACACGAGUUCUUACCGGGACUGUGAACAUCAAAUAAACAUGAACAACAUCAAAUAAAACUUCAAACAGCAUUAGACAUCUUCAGGAGCUCUUACCUGGACUGUAAACAUUAGAUAACAUCAAAUAAAACAUCAGAUAGCUUCAGACAUUCUUACACAGACUGUAAACAUCAAAUAAAACAUCAAACAACAUUAAAUAAAACAUCAGACAGGUUCAGGCGCUCCUACAGAGACUCUAACCAUCAAAUAAAACAUUAGAUAAAUAAACACCUACAGUUCUUAACCCGACUGUAAACAUCAAACAGGAGUUAUAACUUUUGUUUCUCUUUUUAUUGUUUUAUUUUUAUUUUGUACAAUUUAUUCGAGUAUUUUGUUCAUUCUUUAUUCCAUCUGAUCAGUGAACUUUUUAUUUUACAUUAUGUAAAAAAAUACAAAUAAACAAUGAUAAAAACGA